CAACUUAGGAUAUAAGAAUGCUCACAAUGAUGUCGUGAUUUUCUGUGUACAGUCCUGAAUAGCCAGAGCGUUUCUAACAGUCAACAACUCGAAUAAUCCUUACCUAACAUGAGAGUAAACGAAGAACGACUGGGAAGUCAGCUCCAGGAGGAUAAGAUGUGUAUUUCCUGUACCAUAUAAACACACUGUAUCUUAUCGAAGAUGCGAGACACACUACGACGAGUGUUAUUCACAUUGGCUCUUUUGACAGUGAUUCAGAUCUCCUCUUCUCAAGGUGAUAGUGGAGGUUUUUCGGAGUGGACGAAUUGGUCAGACCCUCCUUGUGGGAAAACGUGUGGACAAGGUGUUACUAAACUAGUCUACAGAAACAGGAAUUGUACAUCCAUACCGGCUGAUUGUUCAGGGUCGUUCCUUGAGACUAAGGAGACGAUCUGCAAUAUUCCAAGAUGUCCAGUGAAUGGAGGAUUCUCCGAGUGGGGGAUGUGGGUCAAUGCUACAUGUUCAGCCACAUGUCAAGGCACGCUGACGCUCACCAGGACCAGAAGCUGUACCAAUCCCAGCCCUCUAUUUAAUGGAGCCCAAUGCCAAGGACCACUUCAAGACACUCAACAAAGAUCCUGCGGGGACGAGAGGUGCCCAGGUGGGAAAACGUGUGGACAAGGUGUUACCAAACUAGUCUACAGAAACAGGACAUGUACAUCCACGCCAGCCAAUUGUUCAGAGCCGUUGCUUGAGUCUAAGGAGACGAUCUGCAGUAUUCCAAGAUGUCCAGUUAACGGCGGCGUCAGUUUGUGGACAAGUUGGAAUACAUACUCUUCUUGUUCUAAAUCGUGUGGCACAAACGCACAAAGACGCAGAACAAGAACAAGAACCUGCACCAAUCCUGUUCCAGCAUUAGGAGGAUUGUUCUGUGCUUCCGAACUAGUUGACACAGAAACACGAACCUGUGUUCUCGCGCCCUGUCAAGCAAUUAACGGCGGGAUGUCGGUUUGGACAUCAUGGAGUGAAGGACCUUGUUCGGCCACAUGCGGCUCGGCAUUCCAGAAUGUAAACAGAACAAGAUCCUGUACAAACCCAGCACCCCAAUAUGGCGGUAACGACUGCAGCGGACCUCGUUUUGAAUCUAUGAAGAGAACCUGUACUCGGUUGCCAAGUUGUCCAAGGACAGAUGUUGUGUCACCGUGGACGUCAUGGGAAGUUCCGAGGUGUCAACUCCAAGUUACAUGUGGUGCGGCAGCCGAGUUGACAGUCACCAGAUCGCGGAGCUGUGACACACCAGCAAAAGGAAGUACCUGCUCUCUGUCACUCACAGAGACAAGGACCUUCCGCUGUGGAACUGUGCGUUGUCCCGCAAUUGACGGCAGGAUGUCGGUUUGGACAUCAUGGAGUGAAGGACCUUGUUCGGCCACAUGUGGCUCGGCAUUCCAGAAUGUAACCAGAACAAGAUCCUGUACAAACCCACCACCCCAAUAUGGCGGUAAAGACUGCAGCGGACCUCGUUUUGAAUCUAUGAAGAGAACCUGUACUCGGCUGCCAAGUUGUCCAACAAUGUCAACACUGGUUGGGCGCAUACUUGUUGGCGUGUUCAUAGCCUUGGGGAUUCUGCUUGUACUCAUCAUUAUUGGUAUUCUGUGGUGUGUGUGUUGCCGCAAGAAAACACAAGACGAAGUCAGUUACAGGGCUGCUAACAUUCGCAAGAGUGAGUUCCACCAGUACCACAAUGUCAAACCUGGCUUUCUGAAACAGCCGUAUUUCAAUCUCGAGGAAUAGAUACAUUACAAGGCUCAUGGCUGUUGACAGUGGGCCUCUGUUGUGAAAGGAACGAGCAUCAAACAAUAUAAUUAAUAUGAAGGUGAACCAUGUCAACGUUUUCUGUGAUACUUUUCUAUUGGUUCCAGAGUUAGUCAUCCGUAUUUUCGCGAACCGUUAUGUUAUGCUAUGUUAAUGUAUGCUUAAUUUGAAACUUAGACAAAAUUGAGUAAUUCCAAUUAGUAAUUUGCAUAUAUAGACACUGUAGGUCCACUCCUACUCAAACAAUAGAUAUAGAUAUUGUAAGACGAACUUCCUUUUUCUUAUGUACAUUAAUUAAUAGCCUAUUACCAUAGUUGUGAAAACUGCCAAAUAGAUUUCAUAAAACUUUACAGCAAUUCAUUUCAACUCGUUGGAGGAUUAGUUUAAGUCAAAUGGUUCAUUCAACUUAAUACCGGUACUUGAAGAUCCGGGUUAGGAUUGGUCUUCAGCAACCCAUGCUUGCCGUGAAAGGCGACUAUGCGACUGUCGUCAUAUAGCUGGAAUAUUGCUGAGAUCAGAGUUAAACAACAAACAAUGAAACAGUUGCCGUUGACGUUGUGAUCAUAUGUUUCACAAAAAAUGUUUCAGUUUUCUCAUGUGUUUACUCAGAUACAUCUGGGACGGGCCUUGCCAUGUUUAUAUCCUAAUCUUAUUUGAUAUCCAUAUUUUCCAAGAGUAGUUGAUAUAAAGACUGAGUACCAAACAAUAUGACUGUGGACGUGCGCCUUGUCAAUAUCCUCUGUGAUACUUUCUUUUGGUCCUGGGGUCUGUCAACCGUAUUUAAGCUUACUGUUAUGUCAUGUUAAUUAAGUAUAUUUUGAAGCUGAAACAAAAUAGAUUCAUACCAAACGGUUAUUAUUUUGCCAUCGAAAGGAUAAACCAGUGCGUAACAGAUCAAGAUUAAGUUGACGCUUUAUGAACUUUAUUUUGAACACGAAGUUUCUUGAGAGUAUGCUUCUCGUGUAUUUUCUGUGCGUCGUAUCCUUUUCGUGUUCGGUUUUACCAUAGACGACGAUGAGUAUGUGUAUGUAGCUAUGUGUUGUGUUUUGUCGUCAAUAAACUCUAUCCAAAUGA